CGAGCAGGCCAAUCGCGUCUUUUCUAUUGGACAACUUGGCGCGAGGGGCGGAGUCCUGCCGGGGAAGGUUCCGCGAUCUUAUUGGCAGCCGUCUCGAAAAGGGGCGGGGCGGCUCGCCCCGAUUGGUCUGAGCGCUGAGCGAGUUGGGGUGCUGGGGGAAUUCCCCGGGUCCUCGGAAUCCCCGGGCCGGCGGCUGCGGCGGCGGCGACGACUCCGGAUGGGCCGGGGGGGGCCCGGGAGAGGAGGGCUCUGCGUAGGCCAUGGCGGCCCCGGCGGGGCCCGUGAAGUCCGGGGACGGCGGGUUCGCGGACGAGUGGUGCGAUAGUGGGCUCGGGUCUCUGGGGCCCGAUGGGCUCGGGACCCCGGCGGACGGGGCUCGGGACGGGGCGGACGAGGACGAGGACGAAGAGCCGGCGAGCUGGGCCCCCGAGGUGUUCGGCUACGUGACGGAGGACGGGGACACGGCCUUGCACUUGGCAGUGAUUCACCAGCAUGAAGCCUUCCUCGACUUCCUGCUUCAUUUCACAGCAGGAACAGAAUAUCUGGAUCUCCAGAAUGACCUGGGCCAGACGGCUCUGCAUAUAGCGGCCAUCCUCGGAGAGGCAGCCAUAACUCAGAAGCUGCGGGCGGCAGGGGCCGGGCUCUGUGUGGCUGAGAGAGGGGGACACACGCCCCUGCACCUGGCCUGUCGGGCUGGGGCUCAUGCCUGUGCCCGCGCCCUUUUGGGGCCCCCUGAGGGCCAGGCAACACAGGGGGAGGAUGAAGAUGAGGAUGAGCAGGAGAGAUUAGACCAGCUGGAGUGUACCAACUACCAGGGCCACACUCCGCUCCACGUGGCUGUGAUCCACGGGGACACAGAGAUGGUUCAGUUGCUCCGGGAAGCAGGGGCCGAUCUCAACAAACCAGAGCCCACAUGUGGGCGGAGUCCCCUCCACCUGGCUGUGGAGGCAGAGGCAGCUGAGGUCCUGGAGUUGCUCUUGGACGGCGGUGCAGACCCCAAGGCCCAAAUGUAUGGAGGCCGCACGCCACUGGGGAGUGCCACACUUCGGUCAGACCCCCUCCUCGCCCAUCUCCUGCGUGCUCACGGGGCCCCGGAGCCCGAGUCUGAGGACGAGGAAGACUACAGGCCCAGAGGCAGCGACAGUGAUGAGGGUGACGAGUAUGAUGACAUCGUGGUCCAUGGAAGCCGGAGCUGAAACUGAAGCUCGCCUUCCUCACUGGCUGUGUUUCUAGCCUAUUUCUUUGCUUUUUUUUUUUUUUUGUAGAAAAGCCUUAAUUUCAAUAAAACCCUGGUUCCUCUGACUGGAAUGUCCAA